GCUAAACACCAGAGCACCUUAGAAGGUUUAACCAAGAGAAUGCUUAUGUUUGACCCAGUCCCUGUUAAGCAAGAGGCCAUGGACCCUGUCUCGGUGGCUCUUAGUUCCUAGUUUCCUUAAACUUACCCUGUGAUCACGAACCGAUGGUACCGAAGGAAGAAGCCCAAGCUGCACUGAAGGCAUUGGCGAAAAACAAGGCUUCAGGAAUUGAUGGAAUACCAAUUGAGAUGUUUCAACGAACAGAUGCAACACUGGAAGUGCUGUUUCGUCUAUGCUAAGAAAAUUGGGAAAAUAGCUACCUGGCUAACCGACAGGAAGAGAUUCACGUUUGUGCCCAUUCCAAAGAAAGGUGAUCCAACAGAAUGCAGAAGUUAUCGAACAGGAUCAUUAAUGUCACACGCAAGUAAAAUUUUGCUGAAGAAAAUUCAAAAGUAAUUACAGUAGUACAUCGAGAAGAAACUGCCAGAAAUUGAAGCCAAAUUCAGAAGAGGACGUGGAAUGAGGGAUAUCAUUGCUCAUGUCAGAUGGAUCCUGGCUGAAAGCAGAGAACACCAGAAGGAGGUUUACCUGUGUUUUACUGACUCUACCAAGGCAUUUGACUGUGUGGGUUGUAAUAAAUUAUGGAUAAUAUUGCAAAGAAUGGGGAUUUCAGAACACUUUAUUGUGCUCAUGAGGAACCUGUGCAUGGACCAAGAGGCAGUUGUUCAAACAGAACAAGGGGAUACUGCAUGGUUUAAAAUGAGGAAAGGUGUGCGUCAGGGUUGUAUCCUUUUAUCAUAGUUGUUCAGUCGGUAUGCUGAGCAUAUGAUCCAAGAAGCUGGACUAUAUGAAGAAGAACAGGGCAUCAGGUUUGGAGGAAGACUCUUUUUUUUUUUAAUAUGCAGAUGACACACUUUGCUUACUGAAAGCGAAGAGGACGUCAAGCACUUACUGACGAAGAUCCAUACCUUUGGUAUGGAUUACACUGCAACGUAAAACAAAAAUUCUCACAACUGGAACGAUAAGCAAGAUGAUAAAUGGAGAAAAGAUUAAAAUUCUCAAGGAUUUCAUUUUGCUUGGAUCCACAAUUAACACACCUGGAAGCCGCAGUCAAGAACUCAAAUGAUGUGUUGCUUGGGCAGAUCUGCUGUAAAAGACCUCUUUAAAGUGUUAAAAAGCAAAGACGUCGCUUUGAGGACUAACUCGCACCUGACGGAAACCAUGGUAUUUUCCAUUCGCCUCAUAUGCAUGUGAAAGCUGGACAGCGAAUAAGGAAGAUCGAAGAGAAUUGAUGCCUUUGAAUUAUGGUGUUGGCGAAGAAUAAUAUUGAAUAUACCACGGACUGCCAGAAGAACAAACAAAUCUGUCUUGGAAGAUGUACAGCUAGAAUGCUCCUUAGAAGCGAGGAUGGCAAGGCUGUGUCUAAUGUACUUUGGUCAUGUUAUCGGGAGGGACCAUUUCCUGGAGAGGGACUUCAUGCUUGUGAAGUAGACCUCAGCAAAAAAGAGGAAGACCAUCAACAAGAUGGAUUAACACAGUGGCUGCAACAAUGGGCUCAAGCAUAACAAUGAUUGUGAGGAUGGCGAAGGACUAGGCAGUGUUUCCUUCUGUUGUACACAGGGCCGCUAUGAGCAGGAGCUGACUUGACAGCACCUAACAACAGCAGUAUGGAUAAAAGCAGUCCAACAAUGACAACGAUAAAUUCCUACCCAUCUAAUUACAUGGAGCCCAUGAAGCCCAACAAGUAUGGAGUCAUUUACUCUACACCUUUACCUGACAAGUUCUUUCAGACCUCAGAAGGCCUAUCACAUGGAAUACAGAUGGAGCCAGUGGACCUCACCGUGAACAAGCGGAGUUCACCACCUUCGGCUGGGAAUUCUCCUUCCUCCUUGAAAUUCCAGUCCUCGCACCGGAGAGCCUCGCCGGGGUUGAGCAUGCCUUCCUCAAGCCCACCAAUGAAAAAAUACUCACCCCCUCCAGCCGGAGUGCAGCCCUUCGGCGUGCCGCUGUCCAUGCCUCCUGUGAUGGCCGCCGCACUCUCCCGGCACGGAAUCCGAAGCCCAGGAAUACUGCCCGUCAUCCAGCCCGUCGUGGUGCAGCCCGUCCCGUUUAUGUACACGAGCCACCUCCAGCAGCCGCUCAUGGUCUCCUUGUCAGAGGAGAUGGAAAAUUCAAAUAGCAGCAUGCAAGUACCUGUAAUUGAAUCCUAUGAGAAGCCUAUAUUACAGAAAAAAAUUAAAAUAGAACCUGGGAUCGAACCACAGAGGACAGAUUAUUAUCCUGAAGAAAUGUCACCCCCUUUAAUGAACUCAGUGUCCCCCCCGCAAGCAUUAUUGCAAGAGAAUCACCCUUCAGUCAUAGUCCAGCCGGGGAAGAGACCUUUACCUGUGGAGUCUCCAGACACCCAAAGGAAGCGGCGGAUACACAGAUGCGAUUACGACGGAUGCAACAAAGUGUACACUAAGAGCUCUCACUUGAAAGCACACAGGCGAACACAUACAGGAGAAAAACCCUACAAAUGUACGUGGGAAGGUUGCACAUGGAAGUUUGCUCGGUCUGAUGAACUCACAAGACAUUUCCGGAAACAUACUGGAAUCAAACCUUUCCAGUGUCCAGACUGUGACCGCAGCUUCUCCCGUUCUGACCAUCUUGCCCUACAUAGGAAACGCCACAUGCUAGUUUGAACUCCUCCGUCUCCCGCCUCAACGCAACUCCCCACUCUCCUGGCUCUUUCUCUGUCCUCCCUCCCAUUAUCUAACUCAUUUUUUACAUGUAUGUUUUAAUUUUGAUUCAGCUGGUCUGAAUCUCUGAAUUUAUAUCAUUCAGAACUUCCAUAUGGUCAAUAGUAGAUGUUCUCUAAUCCUCCCUCUCCUUACCACGGGUCAGACCUAAAGAAUGUGAACACUUUUUUUUUUUUUCCGGGGAUGCUAAGCAAACCCUUCUUACAGAUACGUUUAAUGUACCGAGAACAAGGGAACUUGUAAACUAACAUGACCAGUUGUUGGUUUCUCCAUGUAUUCCUCAAAAGAAUGUCAAAGUAAAUGUAUUAGAAAUACAGUAUCCAGCCUGCUAGUCCUUGCCAGAGACACUCGUAUCUAUGUGCCCUGUGAUCGCAUGGUGUGCUCGACAGUGAAAAGAAUGGUGGACCCUUUCCAACACCGGUUAGCUAGACGUGCAGCAAGAUGUCAAGCUAGUACAGUCAACGCUUCCAUUGUGCUCCACAAAUCUUGCCUGUCAACCUGGAUUUAUCGCUGCAUCUAAAUUAAGGCUUUUACCCCCCAUUGUGCCUACAGUUCAUAUGGAGGUCUUUGCCACCCUUGGAUGAUGAGCCAAAGCUGCUGAUGUUUGGUGGUGAUGUGUAUCAUCAGCUCACCCACUUUGACUGGGUGGAUGCUGUGCUUACUCAGCAUGGAGUAAUAGCAAGGGGACACUGAGCAGGGAGAAGCAGCAGAGGGGGACAGAGGAGGAAGUCGGCUAUUCUUCCUGGGCUACAGGUUUUCAGUGAGGUUUCAUCAUUGGGUUAGCUGUGCAGUGCAUUCCCAGAGCUUUGCUCUGUAUGCAUACUCAGCUGUGCAAAACGAUACUGCAGCGCCAAAUACCAGUGGGGUUAUACAUGCAACCAUCUCCAUUCCAGACAGUGUCCUUAAUACGAAUAACCAAGCAUUGAUAGUAGGGAUGACACAAAAAUACUUACCCAGCAGUGAUAAAAAUCUUGUGGGUAAAUAUAUGGAUGGUCUUUCUUUUACCCAACCUGCUUAUAGCUUUUUUGCAAACAGGGAAACAUUGAGUGGUAAUUUGUUCCCAUAUAAAAUUAAUCACAUAGCUUCUCUACAGAAAUUCUUCUGUAACUAUAAGGGGUGAGCUAUAUAUAAGGUGCCAAAUUGGCUGUCAUUUGUCUUUGUGAUACAUAAUCAUACCUAAGCAUCUACUAAUACUUUAGUAGAUUAAUUUGAUGUAGGUCUUAGUGACACUAUUUGUAAGUGUAAGUAGUUAUGAAGCACACAUGUCUUUAUUUUUGGAACAAAUUUCUGAAAAAUACAGAAAUCCACAGUUCAGGGAUUUAUAUAUAUUACUCAAAAAUUCCCAAAACGUUUACUGUCAGAGCUGCCAGAAAAAACAAAGUGAAAAUAAUGACUCAUGUUUAUGUUGAAGAUAAAUAGCACCAUCAUUCUGGGGAAGGUUUUCAAAAGCGGGCUUUUGAGCAUAUACGAUAGUCCAAAUGCCAAGAAAAAGAAUUCAUGCAUAGAAAUACCAUUGAUACUAAAUUCGAAGAAAGUGGGCAACGGUAGUCAAAUGUGGGUGCAUAUACCCAAAUGUGCCUUCAUCCCUUGAUAAAGGAUGGAGGAGGAGGAGAGAGAAGAAUGGAAUCCUGCAGAUUCAUCCCAGCCACAACUCAGGAUCCAGCACAACUUGACUGGGAGGAAUACAUGGUGUAAUCAUUUUUAAAACACCCGGGAAUGAGGGAUUCUGGAGGCCUGUGAAUUGCGUGGGGAGCUUACUUUGAUGGCGCUAUGCUAAUAAAGGGUAGUUAUAGGGACUGCACAUCUGAGAGCUCACUCGUCCAGCCCCGUCAACCAACUGCAAGGAAGUGAUGUUGAGAAAUGAAAAGCAAUUUGUUAUCUUGGCACUUGGGUUUGAUUUUCUUUCUUGUUAAGCACUGCAAAAUAUGUUUGGAAUAUUAGAGUGGAUCCUAACUUGGCUAUUUCCUUUUUUGUAACUAUGACCUGAAUUGAGGGAUAAAAAUGGCUCUUGGAAAAGUAGGUAUUGUGUGAAUUAUAAAUGCUUAGUCACAUCCAUGCCGAAGUGUUCAUUUCUUGGAAUGGUUCUUACACAACACACCGAAGAAUCCAGCAGGAAUGCAGGGAACAUCUUUGGUUUGAUGCAGAUAACCAGUUUAUGUGUGUUCCAACCUGUAUAGAAGCAGGGGGAGGAAAAGGCAAGAAAGAAUUGAUCUUGGAAUUAGUUUUGAGUCUGAGUCCAAUUAAUAGAAAACUUAAUGGACUCUCAUGAAAUUUAAUGUGUUUGCGAUGGCAUGUUUAAGCUUUGUGCAAAAGAGCAAGCAAGACCUUGCAGGAACUAUUGCAUUACUGUUUAGCUUACAUGGAUUAUGUUAACAGUUCAUUAGCAAAGAUCCAUUUGAACUCUUGAAAGAAAAGCAACCCAGGGAAGCCAUUUUCUUUUCCCAUGCUGUUCUAUAUACUUCAGUUAUCGAUUGGCCCUUACCAAAUUUUCCUUAUAUAUAUAUAUUUGUAUUUUACUAUGAUAGUUGAGAAAUUUAGUCACUUAGUCAUUUUUAGCUGUUAUCGUGGAAGACCUCAGAUACCAGAUAAUCUUAAGAUGCCCUUGAACAUGUGGUUUUACUGAUGUGCCAUUGUUACUAUCAUCGGUGGUUUUAAUUGCAAUAUUUUAAAUUGAUGAGAAUGAUUUGUAAACAUGAAGUUAGUGUCGUGUAAAUUCUGUUUGUUAGAGAAUUUCUUGGAUUAUUACCCAGGUGUCGUUUUAGGGGAAGAAGUCAGAACAAUUACAUCAGAAUCCAUCAUGCUUUAGAGUUUUAAAAUGUGAAUCUACAUCCUAAAUGGGCAUUAACAUAAAUCGCUUGGUUUGGAGAAUGUGUUAGCAGCACAGCUAUGUUCACUUAAGGAGAUGCUAAAUACGCAGAAGUUUCAAGAGCCUUGAAAAAGAUUUACAGGGGAACUAUAUAUGUAUAUGUGUAUUUUAUUAAACACCCGUCUGCGCUAUCAGUAUUGCACUAAUGUGGAAUUUGAAAGACUAUUGCUGAUACUGUCUGUCUGCACAUGGUUCCUGGUUAGGUGGCUGUAAAGACAAUCUCACAGAGCUAUGGUUUGAAAGUAACUUGAUUGGUUUGGAAAUACACAGCAGUCUUGAAGGAAUUCCUGCCGUACAUGAAGUUGCUCAGAGUUGUCUUUAUUCUCUUCUUGGUCAAGGUUAACAAUUCCUAAAUGAUUGCAAAUUCACUUAAGAAAUAAUACAUUUACAAAACAGUCUUACCUGCAUUAAAUGAGGGCUACAACAAUAUUGUUUUACAAAUACUAGCACUUUUUUUUUUUUUUUUGCUGUUAUGUACUUAGUGUUAGAGGGUCAAAAUAAUCUUUCUGCUUAGCAUCUCUUAAACCAUACCUGCAAGUGUAGCAGGAUUAUUACAUUUACAGUACUUUAAUACUUGUAUAAACUAUGCAGAAAUUUUUAAUAAAGUGUAAUAUAUUUUAUAAGCUAAUAAGACUGAAUGGGUAAAGGUUUUUAGCAUGCAUUAGUAUAUCUGCAAAUACUGAAACAUUUUGGUAAUCUUUCUUACUAAAGAUGUGAAUGUUUAAUGUACCUUCUCUGUUUCUACUCUGUAGUCCAAUGGGAAUUCAGUAAUGACAUUUUGUCAUGUCAAACUGUGAACAUAAAUUUGUACUGUACAGUCCUCAUAUACUAUAUACAGUAUGCAAUAUAUGUAUUAUAUACUUGUUAAUAAAACCAUCAGAAUAUUAAA